AUGGCUCUCGCAGGCUCCAAGUGUUUUUUACAGACUCGGAAUAUCGUUGGACGAAGAUCUGUCAUCUUACGGCCAUAUAUCGAGCUGAGUGGAUUAAUUGAUGACUCCCAAGUUAAACAGCAACGACGUUCAGAAAGUUCCCCUAUCUACUUCUUCCUCCAUACCCCCCCUCUCUUUCCACCACUCAAAAAAGGCUUAGGCGUAUCUACCCACACCUGGUCUUUUGAUGAAAAUGGUCAAAAGUCCAUCCUACACCACCAUUGCGAAUACCUUGGUCUACCCACUGAGGUUAGGGUGCAUUACUUGUCAAGUUACAUAUGUUACUGGCCCAGCAAGACGUACAAAUCAAUUCACGAAUGGCAGAUUGCAAGAGGUUUUGAUCCAACCACCACCGACUUCGCGUGUUACCUGGAAUAUCCUAUAUAUGAAGUUCAGCCAUCUCAGUUUGAAGAACUGGGUGUGGACCAGCCCGAAGAAUCCUGCUCCUUUGACGGCAAUCUCUAUGUAGAUGCACCACUUCCUACAACAACGACCUACGAUAUCAAAUGGUGCUCCUGA